AGAGAGAGAAAGAUCUGUCCCGCCUCACAUUCCCCGGAGCUCGCUCUCUCUCUCUCUCUCUCUCUCUCUCUCCCCCCUCCGUCUCUCGCAGAUCCGGAGGAGGAGGACGAGGCAAAACCCUAUUCCCUCCGAUCUUCGAUCCCAAUCACCUCAAACCCUACAAACCCUAGGCUUCGAUCUCGAACGGAUUCGGUAUCGACAUCCCCGGGCAUCGCCAUUGACGUCACCCCCGAGCUCCGCUCCCUCCGACCCUCUCCUUCCCCCCAAUGCCGUCGUAAUCUCCGCCCCCGGACCCCCUAGGUAUCUUCUAUCUCCUCGUAUACGGUCGAUUUGAGGUGCCCGCUGAGAUUUUCGUGGGGUUUUGGGGGGGAUCUGUGCUGUAGAACUCGCGUUCUAGGGUUUUCUAUUGGUAAUGCGGCGGGUGUAGCUCGUGGAUCUGAGAAUGGGAGUUGCGAAGUACACCAAGGGGUGUUGCGGGUGGUUGAUAGUGCUUAUUGUCGCCGCGCUUGUGGUCACUGCAGCGGUCGUAGCCAUUAAGAAGAGGAAGCCCCACCAUGCCGAGGUCCUUCCGGUCCCCGGCCCACCGGGGGCCAUUAAUCAGAAGUACGCCGAUGCCCUCGGCAUAGCUCUGCAGUUCUUUCAAGUGCAAAAAUCGGGGAAGUUGGUUAAUAACAAGAUUUCGUGGAGAGGGGAUUCUGCCCUGGAUGACGGGAGGGAAGCAGGAUUGGACCUGUCAAAGGGGAUGUAUGAUGCAGGGGAUCACAUGAAAUUUGGUUUUCCUAUGGCUUACACUGCAACAGUGUUAUCAUGGUCUAUUCUUGAAUACGGGGAUCAGAUGAGUGCCGUGAAGCAGCUAAAUCCUGCUCUGGACGCUCUUAAGUGGAUCACGGAUUAUCUGAUCAAUGCCCAUCCUUCUGAUAAUGUUCUGUAUAUUCAGGUGGGUGAUCCUGAGAUAGACCAUAAAUGUUGGGAAAGGCCGGAAACAAUGGCAGAGAAAAGGCCGCUAACAAAGAUCGACCAGAAAACUCACGGGACAGAGGUGGCUGCGGAGACAGCAGCGGCUCUGGCCGCAGCUUCCUUGGUUUUCAAAUCCAUUAAUACCACCUAUUCCGAUUUGCUUCUUCACCAUGCCCAGCAGUUAUUCACUUUUGCUGACACUUACAGAGGUUCCUAUAGUGUUAGUUAUCCUCAGCUUCAGAACUACUACAAUUCCACAGGUUAUGUAGAUGAGCUCUUGUGGGCAGCUAGCUGGCUCUAUCAUGCUACUGGUGAUCAAACAUAUCUCAGCUAUGUAACUGUGGAAAAUGGAAAAGCUUUUGCCGACUGGGGAAGACCGACUUGGUUUAGUUGGGAUGACAAACGUGCAGGAACCCAGGUUCUUUUGUCCAGGAUAAACAUUUUUGGUUCUAAACAAUCCUCGAAUGCAGAGAAUGUGGGCCUCCAAAUGUAUAGAAAAACAGCUGAAGCCGUCAUGUGUGGUCUUUUGCCAGAUUCCCCAACAGCAACCUCUAGUAGAACAGAAAGUGGGUUGUUAUGGAUAGACGAGUGGAAUGCUCUUCAGCACCCUGUUGCUGCUUCUUUCCUCGCUGUUGUUUACAGCGACUAUAUGCUCACAUCGCAGACUCCAGAAGUGCACUGCAAUGGGGACUCCUACACACCCAUUGAUCUGCGGAAAUUCGCAAUGUCACAGGCCGACUACAUCUUGGGCGACAACCCGAUGAAGCUCAGCUACCUCGUAGGCUAUGGUAGUAGCUACCCGCAGCAGGUGCACCACAGAGGAGCCUCAAUCCCCACAGAAGCAAACACAGGCUGCAAGGGCUUCCAGUGGCUUACAUCAACUGAACCGAACCCAAAUGUAGCCACUGGAGCGCUCGUCGGAGGUCCAUUCAAGAACGACUCCUACAUCGACCUGAGGAACAACUCGAUGCAGGCCGAGCCGAGCACAUACAACAGCGCGGUUCUCGUCGGCUUGCUCUCCGGCCUCGUCACCACUUCCUCUGUCGCACAGUCUUUCACGUAAAUACUCUCUUCGUGCUCUUUGAUGGUUUCUGUUGGCAUAUGAAUGAUGUACAUGAGCAAGCAUCGUUGUUUGCGGUCGAGUGAAAGUAUGCUGUAUUGUGGCUAUGCCGGGGGUCUAUGAGAAGCCAUUUUUUGUUGUUGUACUUGUUUACUAUAUCAUGGGAAGCUUUCUUGUACUUGAGUGUGUGCAAUAUCCAUCGAAAGCAAUUAGAGGUGUAUGUGUAAUUGAGAGAGAGACCUACUAUGUUUUUUAGUACAUAUGAUUUAUGGAAUGUGAGAUGCAAAUAUGCAGUAAUGAGUAAUGAAUGAUACUCGACUA